AUGUCUAUGUUGCAUCAAAUAAAUUCAGAUGGAAGUAUUGGUUUACCAUUUGGACGUGCUGUUGAGAACUAUAUUUUAUCACUACUAAUUGUAAAAGGUGCACGCUUCAAAUGUCAAAGCCGGCAAAAAUUAAAUCAAGCUGUUCAAAGAGAUUUUGUUGUUUUUAAACGUGAAGAAGGUGCAAUUGAUUUUAAAGGAUGGACUACGAUUACUGGUAUGACAAAGUCGAUGAAUUGCUUGGAUGACAGGCUUGAACUAACAGAAAAGGGACAAAGUUAUGUAAAUCAGAUUCAGCAGGGUCUAGUUCCAGAUUUUUGUGUUUGGCAUUGGGUUUUUUAUUGUGCAGGUGAUGGAAAUUGUCAGAGAGUAUGUGGCAGAUUUGAAAACUGUUUACCUAAUUGUCCAAACUAUAAAAUGAAAAAUAAUUUAAAAAAUGGCAAUGAUAUGCAUAAAUGCAAAGUUCGUAUAAUUACCAAAGUUAUGCUUAGUAUGGUUAGGGAAAGAUUUCCUAUUAAAUUAUAUAUAGAAGUCGAUUUAAAAUUAAUCCAAUAG